AUGGAUCCAUCGGCAGCGAAGGAGGAUCUGAACCAAGUCAUCAAUUCCAUUCAGAAAACUUUGGGACUCCUUCAUCAGUUACAUCUCACCAUCUCUUCUUUCACUCCCGCUAAUAAGCACCAUCUCCUCAACCGCAUCAAUUCUCUUGUGUCGGAGCUAGAUAGCAUGGCUAAGUUGUCUGAGAAAUGCAACAUUCAAGUCCCCAUGGAGGUUCUCAACUUGAUUGAUGAUGGGAAGAACCCAGACGAGUUUACAAGGGAUGUUCUUAAUAGCUGCGUUGCCAGAAAUCAAGUCACAAAGGGCAAAACUGAUGCUUUUAAGGAUUUGAGGAAACAUAUUCUGGAGGAGCUUGAACAGACUUUUCCUGAUGAAGUUGACAUGUAUAGAGAAAUCCGUGCUACUUCUGCAGCUGAAACAAAACGGUUGGCACAAUCACAAACUGUGUUACCAAAUGGGGAUGCUAAGGUCAAGAGUGAGCUGUAA